CUGGCACCAUGCUGCGGAGAAUAGCUUCACUGCUGCUUCUGGCAGCAUGUGCUUAUGGAUGUGGCACCCCAACAUUUGAGCCCAACACCAACAAGGUGGUGAAUGGAGAAGAUGCUCGGCCCCACAGCUGGCCUUGGCAGAUUUCCCUGCAAGUGAAGCAUGGCAGCCGUUUCCAUCACACUUGUGGAGGGACUCUGAUAAGUCCUCGCUGGGUCCUGACUGCUGGCCAUUGCAUUUGGCCUGGAGAUGUCUACCGUGUGGUCUUGGGAGAGCACGAUAUGAGCCAGCAGGAGGGUACAGAACAGAUUAGAGAUGUGAUGCGCAUUGUCGUUCACCCUAACUGGGACAUCGACCACGUGGGUGAUGGCAACGAUCUUGCCCUGCUGAAACUGGACAAGAGUCCCAUUAUGAACGACAAUGUGAGUCCGGCUUGUCUUCCUGAGGCUGGAGAGAUUCUUUCACAUGGGAUGCCAUGCUACAUCUCAGGCUGGGGAAACCUCUACACUCACGGCCCCAUGCCUGAUAAGCUGCAGCAGGCAUUGCUGCCUGUGGUGCAACACAGUGUGUGUAGUCGCAGUGACUGGUGGGGCAUCAACGUAAAGCCCACCAUGAUCUGCGCUGGAGGAGACAUCGUAUCAGGCUGCAAUGGGGACUCUGGAGGUCCUCUGAAUUGCCAGGGUCAGGAUGGUAAGUGGUAUGUCCAGGGCGUAACCAGCUUUGUUUCCUCUCGUGUCUGCAACGAGGUGAAGAAGCCCACUGUCUUCACCCGCACCUCUGCCUUCACUGAGUGGCUCAGUGACGUCAUGCUUCACUACUGAGGAUCUCUUCCACUGAAUGGCAACAGAUGAUCAACUCCAGGUUAUGUGAUGAUGUCCUGUGGCCCAAUAAAUAAUUUUAUUUUUUACUGUUCUGGCUCUGCUAAUUCCUCGGUUUCACAACAGGGUGAGAUCCACACUAGAGAAUGUGUUAGUACUGUGUGUGUGUGUGUUCGUUGUGGACAGGAAGCACCAUCUGC